AUGAAAGUGCUGCGGCUGCUGCCGGUGAUGUUGUCCACGGCCCUUGCGUGUAUGGGUGGAGAGCACUAUCAUCUCGAGGAUUGCCACGCGAGGCGAACUGACGUCCGAGUUGAGAGCAUCCUUUUUAUGCUCCUCGUCGCCGUCCUCUCGAGUUUUGUGGUCUUUGGCAUCUCGUGGGCUUGUGGUUUGUGGGAGAUGCGGCGCUGCCCCACUCUGGCUGUGGCGGCGCUUCCCUUUAUGUUCACCGUGGCCAUAUGCAUCGUGCUUCCUUUUCCUCUUAUUCAUACUAUCCCUCUGGAUGUGCACCAUCGGGAAGAUGCAAGAGAUUGCUAUCUGCUGGCGAAUUCGGAGUUGGCCUUUGCUGUGGGGGGGACGUACAUAUAUGCGAUUACCAUGGCGUUGUCUUGGGCUUGCCUGUCUGUUGCCCUGGCCUGGCGGUAUCAGGUUCCCGCACCAGAAAGAGCGGAACUGGGCAAUCGUGCCGUGAGAUACUGGGUUGCUGCUAAGGAGCUUAAACUCAGUUCUCAUAAUGGGGUUAUAAGGUACAUACUGGAGUUUCUUUACGAUAGUAACUUCAUUAGAGUCCGCUAA